UAACCACCGACAAAAAUAUUACAGCAGCGAGCUGCUGUAAAAUAAACAAACUAACAAAGUAAUUAAAUGUCAAAGUAAAAUAAUGAUUUUAAUAAAAUACUUAAGAUAUAUAUAAACAUAUUUAUAUAUAUAUAAUUCAGUGUAAUAAUGACUAGUGAAACUAAAGACUCUGUCAAUGAUGAAGCUGCUGAGGAUCUAUCGAAAACUGACGAAAAUAGUUUGAGUUCGUCAAUAAGUCUGAGCAUUGGCGAGUGUUCAGUUCGUCUGAAAGAAAAACCAGCAGCCAAACAAUCAACCGAUCAAAUUAAUUAUAAACAAAAUGACGACAGUAAAUGGUGGGUAAAAAAACCUGGACGUCCUGAGAGUGGACCCAAGGCUUCCAAAGACGUCACUCAUUCUUCCAUGAGAGAAUUUCUUGAGAAGGAAAAAAUUUGCAAGGUCCAAAAUGGAGCAACAAAAGACAGAGACGAUACUCUGUGUGAUAUUUUAGCAUCGACAGCCUUCGAUAAGUAUCCAUCUGACUUUGAAAAUGCGACAGAUGAUGACAUUGGAAGUUUUCUCGAAGAGAUGAGCAAAAUUGCUGGAGCUCUGAGCCCCAAUUCAGCUCCCGAGCGCACCAAGUCUACGGAGUCGAGCAAAAUAACGACUGAAGAAGAAAAGUCUGUUGAAGAACUGCUAGAAGAAGCUGAGAAACUCGUUCGCGAGAAUGUCGGACUCUCCAAAAGUGCUUCGCGGUCAGACACCCUGGUCCCGGAUGACCUAAAAGGUCUCUCUCGAUCCGCAGAUGGUCUCGACCGCGUGCACAAUAUGGAAGAUGACAUUUUCCAGCUGAUAGAGCAAGAAGUCCACCGGGAAAUGCACAAGAGUCCGCGGAGUCCACGCAAAAGGUCGCCCAGUCCCGACUGCGAGGUCGUCUACGAGAAUGUCAACAGUCUCAAGCCUCCCAAGAGUAUCGGCCUCCAGCGCCAGCGAUUCGAGGAACAAAAAGUCGAGGUGUCAAGUUCUUCAGACCUCGACGAUCCAAUAGAACGUCAUUCCAAGUCUGAGGACUUGAAGAACGAAAAGAAAAUUUCUCAGGAUGAUCAGAAUCUGAGGAAGGAAAUCACUGAUGUUGAUAAAGAUUUUUUUGAUGACUUGCUACGGCGUUCGCGUGAUAAAGCUGAGGGCAAAAUAUCAUCCAGCUCGAGUUUUGGUCAAGAAGAUUUUUCCCAUUUCCUAAAAAUUCUUCAGCAUCAAGAUUCCGCUCACGACAUCGCCAAGGCUGCUGCUAAUUCCAAUGAUUUGAUCACAUGUCUGCCAAAUGACCCCAAGAACUCGACGUAUCCAGAGAAAGAAAUAACCGAAAUUCUUGAACGGGAACUGUCCAAAGUCUCGCAGUCAAGUCAACAAAAAACUUCAAAUAGUAAAGAUGAGUGCCAGCAAAGACGGAAGUCAUCAACAGAUAGUUCAAGAUUGUCACGUAAAUCAAGUCGUGAUCGUGGAAUUGAUAUUAAAAAAGUAAUCAAUAAUCAAAAUGAAUUAUAUUCUGUUGGGUUGACUCCUAGAUUAGAAUUAUUUGCCGAUGCUAUUCCUAAACUUAUUGCGGAAAAAUCAAAUGAAGCUGCGGAAAAAUCUUCUUUACCAACAGAAAAAUCUUCUUUACCAACAGAAAAAUCUUCUGUACCAACAGAAAAAUUUGAUCUACAAAUAAUUCCUGUAAAUUUAGGAACUAAAAAUUCAAAUAAAAAUUCCAAAGCUACAGAAGUGUGUGGAACUAGUGGAGGCAAAAGUCUAGGAGGAUCUAAAAGUUGUGAUCAAUUAUCUAAGCCAAUGAAAUCAUUCCGUUCACUAGAUGACAUCAGGAACUCCCGUUCCCUUGACGUCGCCAAAAAAUUACCGCCAAAAGCUUCAAAGUCCAGAGGAUCCAGUUCUAAUUUGAGUUCAAAUCCGAACAUAAACGUCCACAUAAAACCUAACCUCACAACUUUAGCGUCGCGUGUUAAGUUUUCAGUAAAACCCGCGACUAAAAGCCGUCCAUUGAUGCGCAAGAAUGAUUCCGUUGAGUCCAUAGCGAAAAACUCACUGGCGGGUGGAGAUUCUAAGCGGACAUCAAAAGAUGACUGGGAAGUUCUCUUUAAUGAGGAGAAGCACAAGAAUCUGCUGCUGAAGAAUCAGAUCGAGGCUGAGGCUCGUCAGUACAAGCAGCAGAUCGAGAGCAUGCGGGUUUCUUUCGAGGAAGAAUUGUUUGCUGUGAAGAAAGGGAACAUUAUUUUGAAGGCGCAGAUCGACGAGUUGUCCCUGAGGCAGGACAAGAAGACUGAGCCGGUCACUGGGAGAAGUGACACGCGGGUUCUGCUGCUGGAAAAGGAACUGGAGAAGCAGGAGAGCCUUCUGAAGACUUACGACAGUGAGAAUAAGCGACUGAUGGCGGAAGCCAAGAAAUUCCAAGAAGAGAAACGGCUCUGGGAGGCACAGGACAAGAAGGAGUCGAAGGACCUUGAGGAUUCCAAGGCGCAGAAGCUCAAUGAUGAGAUGAAAGACCUGAGGGAAGAAAUUCUGAAGCUGAAUUUCGAAGUUACUGAUCUGAGGCAAAAGAACAGCGAGGCUGCGAUGAAGAAUGACGAUCUCCAGCAGCAGAAUAGUCUGGUCUGCGAAGAGCUGAGUAUGUAUAAGGAACAGUUGAAGACUAAGGACAAGUUCAUUGGUGAUAAGUUGAGAGCCUGGAGCACGGAAGAGGCUGAGACUCGCAGACGAAUGGAAGAAAUGCGGGUUGAGUUGAAUUCCAAGAACGAGAAGCUCAGGAUCGCUAAGCAGGAACUGGAGAGAUUCAAUGAAGCGAUCGGUCCUUUGGAGAAGGAACUCCUGGACCUGAGGACCCGGGAAGAAACUCUGCUGGAGAAGCUCCAGGUAUCGAGAAGUCACGUCGAGCGGGAGAAAGUUCUGACCCAGAAGUUAAAGGACCAGGUGAUUCUGGACAACAAAAAAAUACUAGAUUUGAACCGACAGGUCCGGGAAAUGGAGAGAAUUUUGAAGCGCAAGAACCCAGACUCCGUCUCCGCUCUGAUUCUCACCGCGAAAUCUGACAACGAGAGGAUAAAUAUAGAAAAAGUUCGAUUACUCGAAGACAGGAUCGCGUCCCUAGAGGGAGAGAUUCGCGCCAAGGAAGAGUACGGUCAGGAAAAGUUGUCUGAGUUGCAAAGGAAGUUCGUGGAAAUGAAGGAAAAAUAUACGACCCAAGUGAAAGAACUUGAGGAAAAGCUUCGCGAGGUCUCUAACAAAGAGCGCGAGAAAGUGCGUCGUGACGCGUGGGUCCAAGUGGCGCCAUCUGUUGAGAGUCGGGCGAGUGAAGCGCGUCGCGAUUCGGUUGACGACAAACGCCUCGAAAGACGGGAUUCUAAAACCUGCAAGACCGUCAAAGACAUAAAAGAAGACGCGCAUCUGAUCGCGACCAUCCGCGGGCUGAAAAUGGAGCUCGGGAACAAAGAUAAAGUCCUGGGUAAAUUGACCAGAGACUUAGCGGAGCUGCAGAAGCAGAACCGGAAGCUGCAGAAGGAACGCGAGAAGCUCGUCAACGAUAGGAAGAACUUCAAGUCUGAUGUCGAUAAGCGGAUUUCCAUGGGAGUCACCAGCAAAAAUGAAGCCAAUGAUCACAACUCGAAUGUUUACCAGAACGGACACGUCAAUGGCAACAAACUUACGGGGUCGAGUUCUAGGAUUUACGACCCCUCGGUUUAUUCUGAAAACGGUGAUAACAUCGACGCGAAACGUCUGAGAGACGAGAACGAUUUCCUGAAGGAAGAGCUGGACAAAAUAAACAAAGAGUUCAUGGGACUGAAGACCAAGAGGCUGCACGACCUGAACCUGCUGCAAGAGGAACACGAGCGGGAACUAGCGGAACUUGUCAAGGAGUACAGUGUGAAGUUUGGCGACUCGAAGGUGGUGAAGCUCCAAGGUCUGAUCAAUAACCAGGUCGCUGUGAUUGGUCACCUCAAGGAACAGAUCGAGUCGCUGAAGGACUACAAGGAGCAGGUGCUGGUACUGAAGGUUGAGCGCGAGCACCUGGAGAACAAGGUCAAGGUUUUGAAUGAAAAAGUAAAAUAUUUGUCUACUCCUGGUACUGAGCAGCUCCAGCUGCUGCAGGAGAAGAUAACGAUUUUACAACAGAGGCACGAGAGCAGGGAAAUGACGCUGCAGAAUUUGGUGAGAGAGCUGCUGAGGAGUAAAACUCAGUGCAGAGAUUGCAGGGGCGAGAAAGAUCCAAGUAACGAGGCUCGUUAUCCACACCAAGAGAAAAAGAAGGAAAAGGGGAAGAAGAAGGUGACAAGUAAGAAGAGACGGUGACGAGCCUGAGUAGUGGAAACACCGGGAUUAUUAUGAAGACAGACAAGGAAAGAUUUAGCGUUAAUCGGUGUCAGUAAGGGGUUGUUUGUUAAAAAAAUGUAAUAUGUGUAUGUAUAUAUGUAUAUUUGGAAGUACGGGUAAAAAAGAGAGGGUGAAAAACCUAGUGGUGGGGGUGGACACGCGUGUGUAAGUAAGAGAUACUUUUUCCCCACUGCUCUGUAAAAAGACUCCCCACCGUAUUGUGGAAAACUGUUCGCGAGUCGUGGGGGAUUCUCUGCUAGUUGGGGGCUGGGGGCGGCGGCCUCAAAAAUACACCGCAACCACACCGCGCGGCUCCACCGCAGAAGCCGCCACCGCCUUCCACCGAACCCAAAACGAGACCGCGCGAGUUAAACACCCUGACUACCCCAAGAGAGAAGGACGAGUGAGAGGAACCCGAGCAUCCGACCGACCAACCAACCAACUAACCGACCAACCAGUUAACCAACUACUUCCUGGAUACAAACUGAUCACUUUGAGUGUCUUGACUGCUGGCCAACGGGACACUUUGACCGUCAGUUGAUUUCCCCGUUUGCGAAAGGGAAAUAAGUCAUCGAGAUUUUUGGUUCCUUGCUCGGAGGAUCGUCGACCGAGACCUGGACAGUGAUUGUGUUGUGCGUCACCAGUUAUGGGAAUGUGAUGGUGCGGUGGUCAAUUGACAUCCGAGUUAAAUGCGAUAAUUAGUGGCCAUUAAAACAUUGCUCGAAUGUUCGAACUGUUCAUUAGUGCUCGCAGAUGGACAUUACUGACAGUUUUUGAUAACAAUAAUCAGUUCGGAGGCUAAUUUGCUCGAGGAACCAGAAGUGGAAUAGUUUGUAACGAAACCCAGUGGUCAUCCGCGGUCAAGAAAGUUUUGAUUGAUGGUCGAGCGGUUGAACGUGAUUAAAAAUUUAUAAACUGAAAUCGGUGAAUAAGUAAACAGGAAGACGUAGAAGACGUAAAAAGGCGAGCUUAUUUGAGAAUGUCUCAAAGGCGAAGGGAAUGAUAAGGAAGAAAAGUAAAAUAAAAAGGAACCCACUGUCAAUUCCAAUAAAACGAAUUUUCUCCGCGACUUGGCAUUGAAGAGAAGAAUUUGCAAACGGAUCCUACUACCACUACAACUUCUGUGUACUGCCUUAAACUUAUCCGUCGCGGGAUAAUGAAAUAAGGAUCAAAGCGAUCGCUUAUUUGUAAGACUUCUGCUCCGGGGUCUGUAGAAAUAAAUCCCAUCUGAGACGGAUUGGAAAAACAGAUUCGAUUCUUGUAUUGUGGUGAAGUUUUCACUAUCAUUUGGCAUUUGAUUCCUUCUAUCAGUUACUGAUCUGGAGCUUUAGAUGCAAGGGAUCCUUGAGCUUCACUAAUUGGA